GACUGCCGCGCCGGAAAGCGUGCGUUGCGCCCGGGCCGGCCUUGCCCCGGGGAGCUGCGAGCCGGCCGCACGAGCGACCCCGUGUCCCCGGCUCCGAGCUCCAGGGGCGCCGCGUCUCCCGGUGCCGUGCGGAGGGGAGCGCACGCGCACGGUGCCCCGCGCCCUCCGGAGACCGGACCCCGCGGGAGGCCGAGGUGGCACCCGGAGGAGCCGGCCGGGUCCGGCCCGAUUUACAUCUGACGUUCCGUUCGCGACCAACACGGGACAGAGACAAGCCCUGUGCUUCCUCGUGUCGCCAGCGAAGCUCCGCAGGAGAAGGGAUGUGGCUCCAGCCGCGCUCAGACCCGCGGCCGUUCAGGCCGUUUGCAAACACUCGCCCACGCCCGAGAGUGACGAGGAGGAAGGAGCCGCCCGGUGAUGCACACAGAAAUUCCACCGGCUUCCACGCGUCGCCGUGAGUCACAUCCCCAGCCCGGCCGGGACCCGCCUCAUUUGGCCUCGGCCGCUCCCGGGAGAGCGCACGGCAGACGGGCCUGCGGGGCGGGCGGAAGAUGACAGACGGUGAGUUCGGGUACACGCUGUCGCUGGCUCAGGACUACGUGAGGCAUGUCCUGCAGAUCCCGCAGCCCGGCCCGGCCGCCAGCAGAGUGUCCCGGGUCCUGCGGGACGUGGCCUCCUCCGUGCAGCGGGAGGUGGAACAGAACUUGAAACCAUGCUUGGACAGCUUUGACGUGGGGUCCAUCGACACUGCCAGAACCAUCUUCAAUCAAGUCAUGGAAAAGGAAUUUGAAGACGGCAUCAUUAACUGGGGGAGGAUUGUGACCGUAUUUGCCUUUGAAGGCAUUCUCUCCAAGAAGCUCCUCCGGGAGCGAAUUUCCCCGGACGUGGAUGCUUCCAGGGUUUCUUACUUUGUGGCAGAGUUCAUCACGACAAACAUGAGGGAGUGGAUAAGACAGAACGGAGGCUGGGAGGACGGCUUUGUAAAGAAGUUCGAGCCCAAGUCCGGCUGGCUGACCUUUCUGGAAGUUACAGGAAAGAUCUGUGAAAUGUUCUCUCUCCUGAAGCAAUACUACUGACCGGCCCACAGGGACACUCCCCGUUGUGAAACGCGCCCAGUUUCCUUGACUUCUACAAAAAGUGUUGCCAACACUUACUUCUAUUUCUAAAUAAACAAAUUUGGUUUUGUAACUUGAUGUCUCCAUGUGAUGGAGAUUUUGUUCUCGUUUACGUGAAUAAAUUGUGUAUGUGCUUCA